CUCAUACUUUGAUGAUAGAGCUCAGCACUGAAAUGAACCGUCAUGAAUAGAGGAAAGGGUGAGGAAUUGGGGCACAAUAUGAGGGUUAAGUUUCUGGAAAAGACUCAUGUGGCGACUUGCACUUGUAAACUCGUGAGAUAUAUAUUCACUCCCCCAGGUUGCCUUCCACAGUUACCGUUUUGCAAACUGUAUCAGACAUGGCCAGCCGUCGAGACAGAAGCAUCUCCUUUGGUGGGGAACUCUCCCGCCCAAAGCUCGACUCAAUUCUUCCUGCUUCUGGGAAGCUUGCUCAUCAACCAGAAGAAGAACAGGAGGGGUUGAAACGAUUCCGAGGGCUUGAAGACCUAUUUGCGCACCGUCCUCAAAAGGACGAGCUUAUUAAUAGAAAUAUCUUGAGACCGGAUAAUGUGUCGGGAGUCAUUCAAGGCGUGCAGGAGCAGUUGAAAAAGCAGAUCAUUGAGGAUCACUUGAAAGAUAAACUGGUUGCCCGACCAGUUCCUGAAAAACUCAUCGAGCAAAAUAUUAUGAAAGACUCUACGGUUGCUCCUGCAUUGCAGGCACCGCAGCAGGAUCUCAUCAAGAGUCAGCUGCAAGACAGUCUUGGGAGUUCGCUUUCCAAGCGACCCAGCGAGAAAGAUCUUUCUAAGAUCCUUCACCCAACUCAAGCCUAAAAUCAUGCUACCCGUUUGCUUUGCUUUUGGACUGUAGUGUUGAGGUAUAGGAAUUCAUAGAAUGACAGUAUAGCAUUAGCAAAUUGUUUGGCGUUAAUAUCAAUAAAUUAGUUUUAUGGCAGAAA